AUGGACGACCUUGCUCGCGGUUUCAAGUCCGAUUACGAUGCUCAACAUGAGGCAGAACUGGCGAGACUGACUCUGAUCCUCGUUACACCAAAGCCGACCGGCAGUUCGGCGACAUCGGACCGACAUGCCGCUUUUGGAACAAUAGCCAAGGACGUCCUUCUCGUGACGCUGCAGGCGAUCGUGCAGUCCUCGGAUGCCUUUCCGCCGCUGAAAAGCGCAGCGAGUGGCCUGCUCUUCUUCGCAAUCUAUGCAGAUAUGGCGUCAAGUAACAAGCAGCAGAUACGCGACGUCUACAAGCACAUCCACGGCUUGGCCGCUUCGCUCGAACGCGGGAGUAAGUCGGACAGCCCAGCGACGCCUGAACAUCAGGAGAUAGUCAGAGCUCUCGCAGCGGAUGUUGAGUCGCUCAAUGGGGAUUUGGAGGAUAUCAUCACCGAGCGUAAGAGUCGCUUCAAGCGGUUCUUCGCAGCCAAACGGCACCAGAAGGAGCUGGAGAAUGUAGUAAUGCAGCUUGAGUCUGCCAAGAUGAACUAUAUGACGGCCAUGGCCACGUUGAACGCGAUGACCGUCACCGAGGUCCGCGGAGACGUUCGGGCUAUCAUGCUCGCCUUGGGCAUCAGGCCACCUGUGCUCAAGGGGGCGCGCUGUCUAUCUUGA